UGUUAAGAUGCGCGCCAUACAAUUGCCCUAAGCAGUUAGAGGCAUGCAAGACAUAGUUCAAGAGGCUCUGUGCUUCCGCGAACCACUUUUGCCAGAGACGCGACCGAAUCCAUGCUGCACCGAACGCGUCCCCAGGCGCUUCCAGCAUUCCACCCAUCAUCCCUCCCCUCCCAUCUCAACCUCUCCUCACUCUUUCUCUGCUCUGUCUGACUGCUCCUAUUUUCUGCAGUCGUUUCCAGUCGCUACCACACAGCCAGUGCACGAUGCCUGCAUCGUCAUCACCGCCUGCAUCUUCACCCUCGUCCUCCACCGGCGCCACAAGCUUAACAAAGACGAGCCCACACGCUGCGCUGGCCUUCCUGGUCCAUUCACCCACCACCGUCGCAAACGACUUGCCCCCCGACGUCGAUAAUCGUCCUCUUGCACGCCAAAAGCGAAGGCGUACCAGCAAGGAAGAUGAAGAGAUCCUAAAGGCCGAAUAUCUCAAGAACCCCAAGCCGGACAAGGCGGCAAGACUUCAGAUUGUAGCAAAAGUAGCCCUUGGGGAGAAGGAAGUGCAGAUUUGGUUUCAGAAUAAGCGCCAGAACGACAGACGCCGUUCCCGCUCGCUGGGAUCCUCCUCGUCCGCAAUCAUGUCCGACUCUCCCACGAUGUCAAACCCUCCUUCCGAAGACGGAUCGAGUCCAUCCGGAAAAGAUGCCUCGGAAGAGCCGAAGGUGCCGACGCACAAGGAAGAGAUGGUGAUAUAUGAGGAUACCAAAGAAGAGGCCGAGCUGAUCCUCAAGCGAGUGAGCCAGGACUCGACCACGACCAAAGAACCGGAUAAUGCAACCACGACAAUAGUCGAGUCACAAAGCACAGUGGCCUCCCAAGCCAUACCCGUUUCAGAUUCUCUAAUCUCCGUCAGUGCUCCCACCGUUGAGACCGCUCCCACGGAGCCCAGCGCCUCUCAGAAUGCUUGCGAAUCAUCCCAGGGUCCAUCUCAAUCGAGGAAUUCUUGGAUAUCAAACCGCCGUAGCGCCUCCUUCCGCUACACGGAAGAGUAUGCCGCGGAAAAUGCCACCUUCCCGGUCCCCACCCCGACUACUGAAGACUCAUCUUCGUCACGUCCGCUGAAGCGCGCUCACUCCUUUGUCCGCCUCUCCAUGGCCGACGACGGCACUGCACGCGUCAUCACAGAUGCCGACAAGACUCCCUCACCUCCUCACCCAAAAUCCAACCCCUUGGCCUACUCCCGCGCUGCCGCCGGACUCCGCAGAAGCUACAGUGCUGCAGGCCUGAACGAGCGCCUUGCGGCGGCCUCUCGUGGCGAACCGAGCCCCAAGAUCCCCAGGAUGGCAUCUUCCAUUGGUCGCAGCAGAGAUUCACGUGCGUGGGAGUUUUGGUGCGACCCGGAUACACGCAACAACAGCGACUUGACGACGAGGGCGCAGCAGGAGGGAAGUGGCAGUGCAGCGGAUGCCAUUGGCCUUCUACGUGCGAGCCGGCGCGUCCUGGGUAACAACCAGCUCCGCCAGAAUAGUCCAAUGUUAUCUCGAAGCGGAUCAGCAAAGGCAAAUGGGAACACAACGAAAAGGGCCCGUCCACCUAUGCAACGCGCGUCGACUUCCUUUGGCCGCCUGCAGACGAAGAACGCCAAGGGAGGGAAGGGCGACGACGCCGAGGUCUUGCGGCCAUCGGGUGACUCCGACAAGGAGAAUUGGGAUCCCGAUGAGCAUCUCCCUUCCUCCCAACGCCCGCAGCAUCCCCAACCGCGCCCCUCUUCCCAACGUGCUCGACGGCCACUGGGCGAGAACAUGGGACUCAUGUCCCAGAGCUCUAGUCUUGGGAGCAUGCUGGCUCGGGAGCGGCAGCAGCAGCAACAGAGGAAGAAUGGCGUUUUGACGCCGGGGCACUCCGAUCCGGAGCAAGACGAUGAAGUGCGGAAUUUCAUGAAUUCGGGGAACUUGAGCGCAGCGACGAACCUCAGUACGGCCGAGGAGGCCGGAUGCGUCGAGGGGCUGUUGAAGCUGAGUCAGGGGAAUUGGAGGUAGUGCCGCCGGACCCUAUAUUGUAAUCCUUGGUGUUGGAGUCCACGAAGCUGGGUUAGAAGGUUGAUAUCUUUAGUCAUGGUAUUGGGGGCCUUGACGAGGAGGGUGUGUUGCACUUGGGUUGGAGGACGUCGUCUGGGCUAUCCGAGCAUUCUACAGUUCUUGGCCUCGAACAUCAUUGCGCAUCCUUAUCCAUUUCCUUUCGUUAUCACUCUCUUGCUAGCAUUUCAGCGAGAUUCUUAUCGACGAUAUUCUUUGCGCACGGACGAGGGAAAUCUUUGUAGGGCGUUUUGUGGAGUUUAUACAGCGGAGUAGAGAUACGCACUAUACUUUCAAUACAUGACGCCCAUGGCGAUGCUAUUUCUCC